AUGCCAAACGCCAAAGCCACAGAACCCAAGUCCGUUUUAUCUUCAGACAACAAUCUUAUCGCUAUUCAUGUCAUUGUCCUUAUCGCUUGUCGUUCGCCUCAGACAGCCAAGACAAGUGCCAUAUUCUCUAAAAGGAGUGAAAUUGAAAAGGAACUCAAGAGACUAGAAGAAUGUGGAAUAAUAACCAAAGUAGAUCACUCAGACUGGGGUACCCCCAACGUACCUGUUGUCAAGCCAAAUGGUCAAGUGCGCAUUUGUGCUGAUUACAAGGUCACAGUGAACAAAUUAAUCAAGGAUGAAAACUAUCCUAUUCCUAGAAUUGAGGACAUUUACACCCAAAUGAAUGGAGAUCUUCCCUUAAAUCUUGCAACAGACGCGUCACCGGUGGGCCUUGGGGCCAUUCUCUCUCACAGAUACAGUGAUGGAACUGAACGGCCUAUUAGUUUUGCUUCACGUACUCUGACUAAAUGUGAACAAAAAUACAGUCAGAUUGACAAAGGAGCAACAGGUAUAUACUGGGGCCUCAACAAGUUUUUCCCCUAUUGUUACGGACGUAAGUUCAUUCUAGUGACUGAUCACAAACCGUUAGUAUCAAUAUUUCAUCCAAACAAGACUUUGCCAUCAAUCUCAGCAACGAGGCUGUUCAAUUACGCAUACUUCUUAUCUGGAUUCAACUAUCAAAUCGAAUACAGGAAAACUACAGACCAUGCGAAUGUUGAUUUUUCAUCACGAUUCCCAACUGAACACACUUCAAUCAAUCAUGUGGAUGACUGUAGUCUAUUUCAAAUCAGCCAGCUGGACUCGUUUCUAGUAGACAGUCAAAUCAUAUCUAGGAAAACUGCUGAAGAUAAGUUCCUACAAUCAGUGCUACGUACCCUUCAGACAGGGGAGUCUUUUGAACAUCUGGGUUUUCAUGACAAUGAAUUGACGCUGCAAGAUGGAUGUAUAUUCAAGGGUAAUAGGGUAAUAAUACCAGAAGUUCUUCACCAUGCUGUGCUUCAAGAACUACACGUUGGACAUCUAGGUAUGGAUAAAAUGAAAGCUCUUGCUAGAAGCUAUUGCACAUGGAGAAACAUCGACAAGGACAUUAAACAACUGGUACGCACCUGUAAACAAUGCCGCUUAAAACAAAACCAACCUGCUAAAGAACCCAAUCAUCCAUGGCUGACUCCUCAAGGACCUUGGGAAAGAGUACACAUAGACUUUGCUGGCCCAAUGCAAGGACAAUGGUAUUUCAUUAUUGUAGACGCAUUCACCAAAUGGAUUGAAGUGAUCCCAACUAAAAACACGUCUACAGAAUGGUGUAUCAGGGAACUUCGGAAAACUUUUGCUACAUUCGGUAUACCUUUAGUUCUAGUACCAGACAAUGGGAGUCGAUUUACUUCUAGCACAUUCCGUCAGUUCUUGUCCGCUAAUGGUGUGUACAAAACUACUGCACCGUACCAUCCUUCCUCGAACGGGCAAGCCGAGCGAUAUGUUCAAACAAUAAAGAAAUCAUUAAAGGCAAUGGAAGAAGAAGGAGGUUAA